AUGGCUACUUAUGGUAAUGUUCCUCACAAAGAUGAACAACAUAUGUAUAGUAAUAUUGGUGCUCGUGGUAGUGAAGUGGAAAAUACUUAUAGCAAUGUGGGAGCAUUCGGUGAAAACAACGGAGCUCUGGAAGAUUUACCUCCUCCUCCGUUGGAACCAGUUGAUUACGGGCAAUGUUGUCAGUCAAAUUUUCCUCCCCCUCCUGAAGACCUACCACCUCCACCGUCACCUGUCAGCUCAAGUUAUUCAGAACUACGCCGAGCCACCUACCAACAAGAUUAUGGGCUCCUAGGUCGUUCAUCCCAAAGUUCAACAUAUGAAUCAAUUUAUGAACCAAUUAAUCCAAGACCGCACAGUCAAAUGUCAUCUCAGUCAAAUUACUCAUUAUAUGCACCGUAUGUUAGUGGUACACACAAUAAAAGCGGAGCAGAAACAAUGCCUUCAAGUGGUAUGGGUAAAGAAGCUGAAGUUGAUGCAUUAACUGAUUUACUUGUUCAGUCUAUGGAUGGAUCUGGGGAUUCAGAAAUUUAUGGAACAUGUGUUGCCUGUGGUCAAAAAGUGAUAGGUGAAGGAUCUGGUUGUACUGCAAUGCAUCGUGUUUACCAUAUAAAGUGCUUUACCUGCCAACAUUGUGCCAUCCAAUUGCAAGGUAAACCUUUCUAUGCUUUGGAUGGGAAACCAUAUUGUGAAGAAGAUUAUCUCAACACACUAGAAAAAUGCUCUGUUUGCAUGAAGCCAAUUUUAGAUCGAAUUCUCCGUGCUACAGGAAAACCAUACCAUCCUCAAUGUUUCUGUUGCGUUGUAUGUGGAAAGAGUCUAGAUGGUAUUCCUUUUACCGUUGAUGCUGCUAAUCAAAUCCAUUGUAUUGAAGAUUUUCAUAGAAAAUUUGCUCCACGAUGUUGUGUGUGCAAAUUGCCCAUUAUGCCUGAGCCGGGCCAAGAUGAAACUGUACGUGUGGUUGCUUUAGAUCGAAGCUUUCAUAUUCAUUGUUAUAAAUGUGAGGAUUGUGGUACCCUUCUUUCAUCAGAAGCAGAAGGUCGUGGCUGCUAUCCUCUGGAUGAUCAUGUACUGUGCAAGAGCUGUAAUGCUAAACGUGUUCAGGUACUUACUUCACAUAUGACAACUGAAUUGUGA